AUGACUAGUAUUGUGGCAAGGUCUAGGUCUGUACAGGGAGCUUUAAUGAGGAAUGUAGCUAAGCUGAGACCAAAUGUCUCAGCCAAAGUCUACGUGAUGCAAGCGAAGGAAGACGCUAAAGCCCUCGCCGUUAUCACUAGUAAUUUUUCUUUAUCCAACAACAACAUCCAUGUAUUGAUAGAUCCUGUAUCUACUUAUUCUUAUAUAUGUGAUAAGUUUUUAGAUGGAAAGAGUCUUAAGGUUGUCCCUACUGAGGCUAGCCAGAUAGUUACCAACCCGCUCGGUCAGAGUACUAUGGUCAAUAGAGUAGUAAAAGAUUGUUCCUCGGGUUUUGGUGGAUAUGUCUUUUUGGAGAACUUGAUGCUGUUGAGUUUCCAUGAGUUUGACGCCAUAUUGGGGUUGGAUUGGCUAACUCAGAUAAUGCAAAUGUUGAAUAUAAAUCCAGAGGAGUGUGGGUAUUACCCGGAUAUUUCAAUAAGAUCUGUAUUUGGAGUAUAUUUUGGAUUCAAUAAUGGUGAAGGAAGACUUAAACAAGUACCAAAUUUGAACGAGUUUCCAAAUGUCUUUCUAGAAGAACUUCUAGGGAUACCACCAAACAAAGAUGUGGAGUUCUCAAUUGAUGUUGUGUCGAGAACUGCUUCUAUCUCGAGUGCACCAUACAGAAUGGCACCAGUAGAACUGAAGGAGUUAAAGACUAAAUUGCAUGAAUUUUUAGACAAAAGGUUUAUCAGGCCAAGUGUUUUGCCAUGGGGUGUGCUGAUAUUAAUCGUUAAGAAGAAGGAUGAGACUCUUUGUUUGUGUAUAGAUUAUUGA